UGGCGCUCUCUUGCCGAGGCAUUCCUCUACCCCCAUAUUGAAUGGACAUGGACAAACUCUCAGAAACCCCCGAGCUCGCCAGUUUUGUCCAUGCUGUGAUCCUCAAUGGGGACAGUUUCGGUACCGUCUGGCAUAACUAUGAAACGAAAAGUCCCAAAAUCCCAGCCACUGAAGUUGACUUAGACGAGCUAGUGAGAUGCAUCGAAAGGAUCCGUAUUCCAUGUAGUGAAUAAUGGAUCCAAGAGUUGCGCACCGGAACAAUGGACGCAUUUGUCAC